UUUAAUAGGCCUGGUAUUUUACGCUAGUAAUGGAAACAUCAGCAGAAAGGCCUGUACUGUGAACUUUACACUAUCAUUUUUUCUUAUCUAUAAAGAGGGCAAUUAUAAUUAUCAGAAUUUUGCAGAGAUAAUCAGAUAGAUGUGAUCAUGGAAAGGAUAUAAAACAGGCAGAUCCUAGUAGUGUUUGCAUUCUCAGAACUCACUGACAACAUGAAGUCCACUAGCAUUCUGUGCUUGUGUUUUCUCUUUUAUGUUGCACAAGGUAUCGCCUUACCCAAGGAGGAACCUGAACCAGACGACUCCAAAUUCAUUAAUCUGGAAAAUGGAGAGUUGUGCAUUGAAGGUAUCCAGUGUAAAAGUGGGUGUUGUUACAAGCGAAAUCUCCUUGACCUGGCCAGAUGUGCCCCACUCUCCAAGGAAAAUGAGGAAUGUUCUCCUGAUUACAUCUGGGAUGUGUACUACCGUUGUCCUUGUGAGGCUGGGCUGAAAUGUGAAACUGACAGAACCAUCACUGGGGGUGUAACUCACACAGACUUUGGAAUUUGCCUGGACCCACGUGAUUCCAAACAACAGCAACCUGAAAAACAAGUCAUACAGGAGCAGAAAACAGAAAUCCAGGAAUCUGAAGUCCAAGCAGAACUUGAAAAGUCAAGUAAUGUUGUGAAAAAUUAAUGGCAAAGACCUGGUCAAUACUUUAAACCCUCAUGCAUUGGGAAUGCUUACUUUUGCCUUGGUUUCCUGUAUAAUCCAAUAAAAGAUUCAAAGUCA